GUCUGUGUGUAGCUCCUCCUCUCAGUAAUACACGCCUCGUCACAGGUCUUUGUUCGAUAGCUCUAUCCGCUAUUGAGUUGUUUCUCGGUGUCUUUGCGAAAAGAGAAAAUCUGUAAUGGAAUAUACAGAUGAUAUUUUUCUUCUCUAGACGACAGUUGUAUCGGGAGGAAAUAUGGACAUAACAGAAAACUGUUGUUUUUUUAAAUGGAUCUCAUUUCUAUUCGUAUUGAUCUGGAAUCAUGCAAACGGGCACAUUGUGUAUUCUGUAUCUGAGGAGGUGAAUGCAGGGACUACGGUAGGAAAUUUAGCAAAGGAUCUAAACUUGAAUGUGCAGGACCUUGAGAAGCGGGGAUUUCAGAUCGUCUCGGGAACUAAUGAAAGGUAUUUUGAUCUUAAUGUAAAAAAUGGAAUUAUUUUUGUUCGAGAAAGAAUAGACCGAGAGGAGCUGUGCGGACGGCGCACUAAAUGCGCUUUGGAACUGGAAGCCAUUGUUAAUGCGCCUAUGAACGUUUACAGAUUUGAAGUAAUGAUUUUAGAUGUAAACGACAAUGCACCACUUUUUCGCACGUCAAAACUGUAUCUAAAUGUUUCAGAACUGACGUUUUCUGGACAAAAAUUUACAUUACCAACUGCGUUUGACGCAGAUGUGGGCAGUAAUUCAGUUAAGAGCUAUAAGCUGAGCCCGAAUGAACAUUUCUCUCUGGAUAUUCAGAGCGGAGGAGAGCAGAGUGUAUCGGCAGAGUUAGUGCUGCAGAAAGCUUUAGACCGAGAGAAACAGCCUGUGAUCCAGCUCACACUGACCGCUGUAGACGGAGGAAAACCUCCAAAGUCUGGUACGACACAGAUAAUUGUUAAUGUCAUAGAUGUGAACGAUAAUAUUCCUGUGUUUGAUAAACAAUUAUAUAAAGCUCGAAUACAAGAAAAUACACCUGCCGGUGCUUCCGUCAUUACAGUCCACGCAAAAGAUGCAGACGAAGGUCUUAAUGGCGAAGUCGUGUACUCGUUAAUAAAUCACGAUAAUGACAACAGUGUAAACGCAUUUUCUAUUGAUCCAGUUACUGGCGAAAUUACAAUCAAGGGUCCUUUAGACUAUGAAACAACUGCUGCCGUUGAGAUUCGUGUUCAGGCCGAGGAUAAAGGGCAAAAUCCACGAGCAUCACAUUGCAAAGUCUUAGUUGAAAUAAUAGAUGUAAAUGAUGAAGUGCCAGAAAUAAGCUUGACAUCUUUAGUAAAUGAACUGAGAGAGGAUUCGUCUCCGGGUACAAUGGUAGGAUUAAUCACAGUGAAAGAUGGCGACGCUGGUAAAAACGGUGCCGUGCAGCUCAAACUCAAAGACUCGCAGCAAUUUAGAUUAGAGAAUACAUAUAAAAAUAGAUUCUCGUUGGUGGUUAACGGUCCUAUUGACAGAGAGAGCGCGCAUGAGUAUAACGUGACCAUCACAGCUACUGAUGAGGGGACUCCGCCUCUCUCUAGUACCAGUGUCAUUACUGUACACGUUUCUGAUGUGAAUGAUAACGCGCCGCGCUUUCCAGACCCUGUCAUUAAUGUUUAUGUGAAAGAGAACAGUCAGAUCGGAGCUGUUAUUCAUACAGCAUCUGCUUUUGAUCCUGAUGUAGCUGAUAAUGCCCGGAUCACAUAUGUAGUAGAAAGCUCUAAAAGCAGCCCAAUAACAUCCAUGAUCAACAUGAACUCUGACAGUGGAGAUAUACACAGUUUACAGUCUUUUAACUAUGAGGAGCUUAAAACGUUUCAGUUUAAAGUUCAGGCCACAGACUCUGGUGUUCCUCCGCUCAGCAGUAACGUGACUGUAAAUGUUUUUAUCCUGGAUGAGAACGACAAUAGUCCCGCGAUUCUCGCGCCCUAUUCCGAGCACGGUUCCGUUAAUACCGAGAACAUUCCCUAUUCUGCUGAGGUGGGCUACUUUGUGGCCAAGAUCAGAGCUGUAGAUGCGGAUUCGGGUUACAAUGCGCUGCUGUCUUAUCACAUCUCUGAGCCUAAAGGAAACAAUCUGUUUCGAAUCGGAACCAGCAGCGGAGAGAUCAGGACUAAGAGGAGAAUGAGUGACAAUGAUUUAAAAACCCACCCGUUGGUCAUUUUGGUUUCUGAUAACGGAGAGCCCUCACUGUCAGCGACUGUGUCUAUUGAUGUCGUGGUUGUUGAGAACACAGGUGACGUCAAGACUCAGUUCAGACAUGUACCUAUCAAGGAGGAGAGUUUCUCGGAUUUAAAUCUGUAUUUGCUGAUCGCCAUUGUGUGUGUAUCCGUCAUAUUUUUACUGAGCCUCAUCAGUUUUAUAGCUGUGAAAUGCCACAGGACAGAGGGCAGUUUGGGCAGGUACAGCGCCCCAAUGAUCACCACCCACCCUGACGGGAGCUGGUCUUACUCCAAAUCCACUCAGCAGUAUGACGUGUGCUUUAGCUCGGACACACUGAAGAGUGACGUAGUGGUUUUCCCUGCGCCAUUUCCGCCUGCAGAUGCAGAACUGGUCAGUAUUAAUGGAGGAGACACUUUUACCAGAACACAAACACUUCCUAAUAAAGAGAAGGUAAGACAAAUAAAUAAAUGAAUUGGUUGUUUUUGGCCCGGGUUCACAGACAAGGCUUAGCCUAAGCCAGGACUAUGCCUUAGUUAAUUUAGGCUAUUUAAGUCACUUUUAUCAAAAUGCCAUAAAAAAAACAUUACUGAUGUGCAUCGACAAAACAACGGCACUGACAUAUUUAAGAUAUGUUAUUUUCAGUCGAGACAGCUCAAAAUUCAUUUUAGUCUGGGACUAGUCGUAAGCCUUCUCUGUGAAACC